AUGAAUUACUGUCAGUGUGUGGAACUGGUGGGUACCACCUUACUUAAGGAGAGAUUAAAUGAUGAUGAUGACAACACUAACCAGGAAGCUUUCUGGCUGCAAAAUGAAGGGUUGGCCUUGGUGAGCUCUGAAGUCCCAAAGUCCUUCUCCCAGCGUCAGCAGCACUGGGCCUCAGCUUCUGCGGAACAUUUAGUACCUAACAGAGCCUCGCUUGCAUUAAUGAUGCAAGGCCUUGAUGGGACCCCCGAGGAGCUCCUGCAGGUCAGGGCUUGGCCAGCCCUCUGGGUGGUUUCCUCACCCACACGACUGGAUGCCUGUUGUAAGAGCCCCAUCACUGACAGGCUGAUUCCUUCUCAUUUCCUAGGCAUCAACAGUAAACAGCUUGGUGUGUGUGGCUGGAUCCUGUUUUUCCUUUCUUUGCUGCUGAUGAUCAUUACCUUCCCUGUCUCCAUAUGGAUGUGCUUGAAGAUCAUUAAGGAGUAUGAACGUGCUGUUGUAUUCCGACUGGGACGCAUCCAAGCUGACAAAGCCAAAGGGCCAGGUUUGAUUCUGGUCCUGCCCUGCAUAGAUGUGUUUGUCAAAGUUGACCUCCGAACUGUUACUUGCAACAUUCCUCCACAAGAGAUCCUCACCAGAGACUCUGUGACUACUCAAGUGGAUGGAGUCGUCUACUACAGAAUCUAUAGUGCUGUCUCGGCCGUGGCUAAUGUCAACGAUGUCCACCAAGCCACGUUUCUGCUGGCUCAGACCACUCUGAGAAACGUCUUGGGGACGCAGACCUUGUCCCAAAUCUUAGCUGGCAGAGAAGAGAUCGCCCAUAGCAUUCAGACCAUACUGGAUGAUGCCACCGAGCUGUGGGGGAUCCGGGUGGCCCGAGUGGAAAUCAAAGAUGUCCGGAUUCCUGUACAGCUGCAGAGGUCCAUGGCGGCCGAGGCCGAGGCCACCCGGGAAGCCAGGGCCAGGGUCCUUGCAGCAGAAGGAGAAAUGAAUGCUUCCAAAUCUCUGAAGUCAGCCUCCAUGGUGCUGGCCGAGUCCCCCAUAGCCCUCCAACUGCGUUACCUGCAAACCUUAACCACCGUAGCCACUGAGAAGAACUCCACCAUCGUGUUUCCUCUGCCCAUGAAUAUACUAGAGGGCAUCGGCGGUGUCAGCUAUGAGAGUCCCCAGAAAGCUCCCCCCAGAGCCUGAGGCCUCCUGAGGUAGCCAGGCAUCACUUAGGGAGUCUUUGCUGUGCAACACCCAGCAGUUGGAAGUG